GUUCCGAGCUACUUAGUUACCCGUAAGUACUCUUUAGUUAUAUCUUUUGAGUCUGACUGGUUCCGCGCAUUUCAUUGUCCGCACCAGCAGAGCAUUCAAUUAACUUCUGAGAGUUCGAUAUACACGGAUAUCCCACGGUCCUACGAGGCAGCCUUUUGAGGUUCCGAGCCAACAAUGCCGGCUUUCCAGUCUAAAAGGUUCCGUCGUACGACCACGGCGUCGUCUUCUCUAGGCGAACGCCUCGGUGCCCUUUACCGGUCGAAAUUACCCAAACACCCAUUCGUCCUUUUCGGCCUGCCAUUUAUUUCGGUUAUGGUAGCAGCCUCAUUUGCUCUCACGCCGGCGACUGCACUGAGAUAUGAGCGAUACGACCGUAAAGUCCAGCAACUCAGCCAGGAGGAAGCCAUGGAGCUCGGAUUGAAGGGCCCGGACGGCGAAGCAGAAGGAAUUAAGCGGAACCCGCGGAGGAGAGUUGUUGGCAGUGAAAGAGAAGAGUACUAUAGACUGAUGGCCAAAGACCUGGAUGAUUGGGAACAGAAACGCGUUCAGAGAUUCAAGGGCGAGCCGGAUGGAAGACUAUAAACGGAAACUAGGCUUGAUUUUCCCUCGCCUCCGUUUUGUGAGGAAAUGAUGGCUCCGUUGCACGAUCGUUAUACUAGGUCGAUUAGUUGGCGAGUCCUUCGAAAACGAAGCUAUUCCCGCGUUGCGCAGACCGUUGCGAAAGACUGCAUCGGAAGGACUCCCUGUGCCAACGUGGAGAGGAUAAUUUCGGCGUCGCAUUGAAGGUGACACCGUUUAUUGGAUCGGUCCAUUGGCAGUCAGCCUGAGCUUUCCAUCUGAAGCUUAGGUGAGCGCCUGAGAGUCACCGAGGAAGCCGAGCUGGUUCCGGUAGUCUCGUUCGCCUCUUGGACAUACUACAUACACAUACGGGAGAUUUUUGAUGACAUGGGCGCGAAGGCCUGUUCGUCAGCCAGUGCACUCUCCAGGAUGAUAUUAUACUCUCCGCUCACCCCAACGGUAUAGCAACCACAACCUCU